CUGCAGAGCCUAGCAUUUCCACGUUUGGAAUAUCUUGGAGUAUCUGGACCACCCAGAGAAGCCCCCCCCCCCAAACUUGAACUUCACUUUGCGUGCUCCUCAUCUCACAGCGCUCCACGUCACAAACGCUCUGCUCCCCAAGCUGGCACACCCGCUCGCUCAUGUCACUGAUCUCACAUUGUACAACAUGUCCCUCCAUCGCGCGGAGCUCCUUAAAACCCUAUCGACUGCAUCACAUACGCUGCGCUGCCUCACACUCGAUUUCGUCCAGUUCCACCCGUAUGACCUCCAAGCCAACAUUGUUCUGCCCGAAGUGCACCUUCUUCAUCUGCGCGUUCUCGUCGCUGAACUCUUGUGCGACGGCGACUCGCGCUGCACCGUCCUCCUCGCCAUCUACAGGGGCGCGCCCGCACUUGAGACGCUGCGCAUGUCUCUCUGCCAGAACCUCCUCGACGAGCUCGUGGCGGGCAGGGUGCAGCUCCCAAGCAUGCGCCACCUGCAGUACGACGGUAUGGAUAUGGGGAAGAAGAAGAAGCCCGCGGGCGCGGGCUUUUUGCGUCUCUGCCCGGCCUCGAGACGCUCCAGGGGCUCGGAGGGCCAGGCUCGGUGUCUUGCAUGGCCGAACCUGAUGACACUGGUAUUCCACUCGCUCGAGGAGGAGCUCACUCUGCUCCGGUUCGUCGAGCAUCGCGUUCGGGUGGGACGUCCCCUGCGCCGAAUCGUGCUUGAUGACGCCAAUGUCGCAAGGCUCGGUGUCGGGGAGCGAGAGAAGUACGAGAGACACGGUUUAGAGAUUGAUGCGGGAUCUCCUAGACCGUCUCAGGAGUCCUCCGCCUUUGAUGCACAAAGGGUCGAAGCGUGUGGAACUGUCAUCACGUCGUACCGACGCAGCGAGCUCACGAAAGCCGAAGCCACGCUUCGGCUCCUGGCGGUCAUCAAACUUGAAGAUGCCGCCGACGAGCAGGACCGCACAAGCCGUACGGCCGCGUACGCAACCUUCCUUGCUCAGCUCGAUGAAGCAGAAAGAGCCAACAAUCAAGCUGGCUCUCGAGGACAGACUGAGAGUCAGCCUGCUCCCCCUCAAGAGAGCCAAACGCAACCUACUGAGUCGUCUGAGCGAGAGAGGGACAGCGCCAAUGAUGGAGACGAGGAAUAG